UAUUUAUUUAAUUUUGACUAAAACGGCAUUCCAUAGUUCUUCCAGUCCACACUCAAUAAUAAAAUAAGUGAUGGUAUUGGUGGCAGAGAUUAGGAGGGGAUUAAAGGGAAAAGGUUGCAUGGAACCGAGGGUCAGCACCCUCAAAUUCGUAUAUCCUCACAUCACAUGUUUGAUGAUGUCACUUCCAGUUUAAAAAUAAGAUUCAUUUUUUUAAACUGCACAGUAAAACGUUGUCUUUACAAAUUAUUGAAGCAAUAAAAAAAUAUUCAUAUGUUAAAUGCUGUUGGACUCAAAUUGUAUUUUUUCCCUUUGUAAUAUACUUGGAUUCUAUAGUAUAUUUAGCUCAUAACACUUUUAUGUAUGAUGUACAAUGCUCAGUUUGAAACACAAUACAUGGUGGGUUGUUGCCAUGAAAUUGUCCUUUAAGCCCCCAAAAAGGCCCGUGAUUGAUGUUGUGAUUUGUUCUUCUGACAGCGGGCCUUGGGAUUACACUCCAUUUGUAAAUAGUGUAAUCCCAGCUAAUCUGGGAUUCAGUUUCACACUGCACAGUGGACACGAACCUCCGAUUGGAGAAGACUGGGAAUAUGGAGCUACAAAGUGCCUGUCUGGCUAUAUGGUUUGCCUGAUGAAGGAUGUAUUUGCUGGGCCUGGUUUACAUCUUGCAGUCCCAUCUGUUGACGGUCCAAUCCUGUCCAGCUCUGUGCGCCUGCACGUUUGGGGACAGUGGAGCAGCAGCGCUCAGGUCGGUGCAGUGCAGUGAUCCAAGAAUCUCAGCCAUUCCUACAAACGUCCCAGCUGAUACGGUGAAACUACGUCUGGAGAAGACCUUGAUCUCCAGGGUGCCCCGGGCAGCCUUCUACAACCUGUCGGAUCUGCGUUUCCUGUGGCUAACUUACAACUCCAUCACAUCCAUCCACCCCAGCAGCUUUGUCAACCUGAAGGCCCUGCGUGAGCUGCGCCUUAACGGAAACCUCCUGACGUCCUUCCCCUGGGAGGGACUUAGGGAUAUGCCUCGCCUUCAGACACUAGGUCUCCAUAACAACCGCCUGUCCAGCCUUCCUGCCCACGCUGCUCUCUUUCUAACUAACAUUACCUACCUGGACCUGUCCAGCAACAGGCUCACAAUACUACCUGUGGAGCUGCUUGACCUUUGGUUUCCUAUCACAGGACAACAGGGAGGAUCAGCGCAAAGAAGAAUUUUGGGUCUACAUGACAACCCCUGGUUGUGUGACUGCCAGAUCUCCAUGGUGAUGUCAUUGUCCAUGUCUCUCGGGAGUCCUAUCAUCCUCAUGGACCAGCUGCUGCUAUGCCGCUGGUCUCCAGGUCAGUCAGGGAUGCUGCUGACUCAGACAGAGCUGUCCCGUUGUGUGAGGCCUUCAGUCCAGCCGGCGGCCACCAGGGUCGUCUCUCCACUGGGCAGCAACGUAAUGCUCCGCUGCGACGCCACCGGCUACCCAACACCGACGCUCACCUGGAUCAAGACCUCGGCAUACAAUGAUUGCUGCAAACAAGACAUUCUCAAAAACUCUGACCAGCUACCAAGGAAUUUGGAGAGCUUUAUGCAGCAAUCACCUCAGGUGGGCGUUCGCUGGUCGAUAAUCAUACUGAACGGGUUAUCAUACGAGGAUGCCGGAGAAUACCGCUGCCAGGCACGGAACAUGGCAGGGAUAUCGGAAGCCCCCAUAAAACUCAGGGUGGUUGGUGUCUCGAGACUAUUCCGUCUUCCAAAAAAGAAGUCCCAAAAGACUCCACCCAAACCAUCGUCAAAAUACAGGAAGCCCAACCAGACUCCUACCAACGCCCCCUCAGUACAGGACAAUCAGACACUCCAAAGAAAUAUGGCAUCGUCCAAUAAUAAGACCCAGACGAUUCCCAAUCUUUCCCCAAAAGACAAGUAUGUUAAAAAGCGCAAAACUAUCUUAACAGAUGCAAAGACCCUAACAUCUGUCAAGUCCGAGUCUGUGUUCCUGAAAAACUCUACAACUGCUCCAUCGACAUAGAAAAUUGGUUGAGAUACAUUGAAGUUGGUUUGGAUGUGUCACUUGCUUGACUUCGACAACAUACAGAAAAUAAAGCUGUAAAACAAUACAAUUGUUUGUUAACCUCCCUUGUUAGUUUUACUUUCCUUUUCCGUUUGUUGACUCGGUAUCCUGUCAUUUGAACUUUUUAUAAAAAAUAAAAUGUGCCACAGGA